AUGAACGAUAUCGAGUUAUGCAAUGCGAUGAAGGAGAUCCCAGAGUAUGGGAAUACUGCCAUUAUGAUGGUAUUCCAUCUCCUGGACAUUCUAGCAAAACACCUGCAGAUGAUGGGGAGACAUUCAGAUGUUCCGGUCAUUAUAACAAACGACGUUGCUCGGUGCUACCAAAGCGGCCACUGGAGCAAUGCAGUUGAAGAGCUGAAGAAAAGUUCUCUUCUUGCAAAGAACGAGAUCAGAAAGCUCUUGUCUCUUGUGGAGUCCUGGAAAACAAUCACCCGCAGCAACUUCUCGUACUUCCAGAGAUACAUCAGGUUUGAGUUGAGAGUAUGCGCAACACUUGAUAAGCACCUCAAGGACUAUUUCAAGAUAACGGACAUGGCAAGCAAUAUGAAGAACUGGAACAACAUAUGUGAGGUUAUAGACUUCUGCAGGUCCAGCUGGUUGAAUGAAAGCUCCUUGAAGCGCGAAUGGCUGAAGGAUUUGAAGAAUAGGCUUUUCUACUGCAGCGAACUUCUCACGCUUCUGAAUGGGAAGCUGUGCUUUGUGCCCAGAUGGGUUUUCGACAACGAAGCCUAUAUUGUUCAGAUUAUUCAGACGGAGAUGCAAAACGACCCAUGGGCACCUGCUUAUUAUCUGGAGGAGGCAAAGAACAGGUAUGUCGUGAUUACACUGGUAAGACUGCUGCACAUUGCAACGGAGAUAAAAGAGGUUGAAAAACCAUCAUGGGUUGCUGAAGACGAGGCUCGGAGAACUUCAAAGACAGAAGCGAGCAACCAAAACAAUUUGAGUGAUGAGGAGAGCAACGAGGUUGUUGAGAUCUCUGUUGACAUAACCCUUGGAUCUGGGCUGCUUGCUGCAUUGAUUGUUGUGGGCAUCAUAAUUUAUUGUGUUUCCGUGAAUAUAUGA